CGAAAAGGACAAACAUGAAGGUGCUGGCAGCAGUUUUAGUUUGCUUAUUUAUUCUGAAAACGUCGUCUGAGGAAAUUCAAUACUCAGCUGCACACGAUAGACAGAAACGUCUAAAUCUACCUGAUAUAGAUGUAAGUUAGUUUACUUUUAUAGCUCUAGUUCUAUUACCCUUGAGACCUUUUUUCAACUUAUUCUGGAUACAUAACCUAAAAAUAAAAUUAUGUUAACUCGACAUCAAUUUUCCAGAAAGCGGUGUCAGCUUAUUUUAAUUAAUUUUUCCAAACGUUUUCAAGAACUUCGGGCGAAAGUAUUUUAAUUCAUGUAACACAAUUACGAUGUUCUUUCAGAUACAGCACAACUCCUUGUGCCUAGUCCUUAUCUGGUUUGAGCCUUACAGCAAUCAAUGCCUUACAGUACACCACAACUGUGAAGACAUUAGAGCGUUGCCUCAGUUCUAAAUUAUAAAAGUAUAGCCAGUUUGGGCAAUAGAGUACACAGUUGAAUAACCAUACUGUCUAUUCUAGAUUUGGAUAAAUUAAUUAGAUUAAGAAAUUCUCAUUUUGAGGCCAAAAUAAAGUGUACGUUGAGUUCUUCAGAGAAACUUGAAAUGCAAUCAUUAAAUUACUGUUUCUCCCUUCCUCAGAUCUGUGACACUGAUGCAGAUUGUGGCAAUGAGCGUUGCUGUAUUAAAUAUCUUGGUAUUUGUGCCCCCAAAAGGAGUUUGGGAGAGUCCUGUAACUUUUCGGUAUGAGUGCGAGAAUCAAUUUUUAUUAUGUGAGCUAAUAUGAGGAAAGAAAGGAUUAGCUAAAUGAAAUCUGAUUGGCCACGCGGAGAUUUGGAUAUUACGUUUUUCAAUCAGAGAAAACAUUUUUGUUGGCUAUAGUUACUGGGUGUUUAAGUCCUCUUUCUCAAUUUAUCACUAAACACUCGCGUUUUUGAAGUUUUUGACAAAUUUAUACUGUUUCCAUUUUUCGGUAGAAGUGGAUUUAAUGCUUCAAGAAGAGAAGAAUGUCACGUCUUCAUUCAGAUUUUGAAUAUGACUUUGUAACAAUGCCCAAAAUAAAAUACAUGGUACAGUGUAGGACAGGCGUUUCAAAUCACACUUCAUUGAUUUGAUGGCAUGAGACACUUUUCUGUGUUACCCAUGAAUUAAACACGAUGUUUAAAUUCCCAGACUAAAAUGACCAUAUUGAUUGCUAGUUUGAAAGUAAUAAACAAUGACAUUGUAAAUGGUCGCGUACGUGCAUCAUAAGUUUGGUAAGAUGCGCAUAUUAUGUGGGAUUGAGCUGUGAUUUCAUCUCGAUUUCGUAAUUAAAUAUGAUUCCCUUUGUUUUAUCACAGCAAUACCACGGAUGUGGGUGCAAAUCCGGGCUGUUCUGUCAGGUGGCAAAGUGUCUUGGUAGUUUAAAAUACUAUCGCUGUCUUCCACUUCUUCAGUAGAAACAUCCGUUGAUAAAGCACGCCGUGAAUUCAGGUGCUGUUCAUAUGCGGACUGAAAAAUGUUAUCACCGAUGCG